AUGGUCUUCCCUGGCGCCCUCAGCAGGGGCUGCGACCGCUGCAGGAAGCGAAAGAUCAAGUGUGAUGGGAGACGUCCAGGAUGCAAACGCUGUGAGCUAUACAAAGCCUCGUGCCCUGGCUAUGAUCGCCCAUUAGCGUUCCGAUUCCACGGAGAGCCUGGUCAUAGUCUUGUCCGCGGUGAGCCCAUCACACGUCGUAAAUCUGUCCAGACCCUCGUCGUGAGCAAGGGAUCAAGUUAUGGGCUCGCUUCCUCAAGGCUCACCAGCCUAAUGGUUGCUCGACAACCCCAGCCAUCAUUCGAGGAUGAGUCCCUUGCCUUCUUCCUGCAAGAGUACUGCAUCCAACCGGCGGCGGGCGUCAUUGGGGGGCAUCUGGAAUUCCUAGAGGGUAUGUACAAGGACGCAAGUCGGUCAUCGUGCAUACGUCCGGCCACUCUGGCUAUAGCCUACAUGGCUCUUUCUCGGCACUACAAGUCCUCGACGCUGUACGUUGCGGCGAGGAGCCACUAUGGAGCUGCCCUACGCACCGUCAAUAGAGAUCUCUCACUAUCUAAGCGGCCCCUGAAGGACGAGACCUUGGUGUCGUUAAUGCUCAUGGGCAUGAUUGAGGAUAUCGAAUGCCAAGGGCAAACAACAAAGGCCGUGCACAUGGCAGGUAUUUCCAAGUUAUUCGAUGUUGUAGGACAUCGAGUUCUUACAAAUGUUGACGAAUCUUCGCUCCAUUCGUGGAUCUUUACGCAAAUGCAACUCCCCUCCCUCGUAGCCAAGGAAAGUAUGCAGUGCCUGGCCAUCCCUGAUGCACAACUGAACACCAAGAGACAUGGCGUACGCUUGGCCCUGGUGGUGACUCGCAUUGGACAGUUUUACCGGGCCUCGAGGCAAAUCACAGCUGCCGAUCCAGCAUUGACUCCAGUUGCGCAGCAAGUUCAGCUCGUGUUGCUGAUCAAACAAGCCUUGGCAAUCGCCGGGGAGCUGGCCAUGAUCCAAAAAGACGCCAUGCCUGCCAAACUCAGACCGCACGAGACGACGGACAAACGGCCUGCGAACCCGGCCAAUCAGUCUCUCAUCAGCUUCAAUUCGCAAUGGACCGCGUCGAGGUGGAGUCAGUUUGCUUUGUAUCUGAUACUCUUCUUUGAGAGACUGUCCAAGUGCGCAGACGCUCUGUUGCAGUUGCAGCUGGAAGUAAUAGGUGACGAGGAUAAACAAUUGGCCCGGGCCGCCGGGGCCAUCUCCGAGGGGCAGAUCAAAACCAUGAUCCAUAAGCUUUGCAGUGCCCUGCCUUAUUUGAUGGGUGAGGUCGAUAAGCAGGGGCGGCCUCUCUCAGUACCGGAACGGCAAAGCGUGAUUAUGUACCAUCUCGUUUGGCCACUCUCGGUCGUCAUUGUGAGCUCUCAUAGCACCCUGGAACAAGUGGAGGACGCGCAAACGAGGCUGAAUGCAAUCAGGGAUAUGUACGGCAUUAGACUCGCUUAUUUUGCCCCGGGUUUAGCAAGGGAUUUGAUGGCUUAG